CGGCGGCCGCGCUUCGGCUGUGCCGGACAGGGAGAGCGAGGCCGGAAGGCCGGCCCUGCGGGGAGUGAAGAGGGACGAGGCGAAGGGAAGCUCCGCGGACACGCCUGUCUGGGCUUUCGCCCGCCUUGGGGUAAGCGGCGGCGGCGGCAGCGGCAGCGGCGGGAGGGGAACGAGCCAACCAGCAGCAGCAGCCGCCUCCUUGUCCACAGGAGAGGAAGCAGGGGAGGUCUGGGGCAGAAAUGGGAAUGUUUUGACAACUGCAGUUGAGACACCUGGAGUGUGAGAGUAAACCAUGAGACUGCAAAGAAAGCACUUGCUGAAUGUCUCCUGCGCAAGAAGUUUGAGUGUUUCCAUCUCAUUGGAGACACGGUGCGUCAUAAUUUGAAGGGCUUCCUUGGACCACAGAAGCUUGCACAGACUCCAGUGAACCACUUCUCGAUAAGGCAGAUCCAUAUGUUUUCAGUGUACAUUCACGGAACAGAAAAGAAGCCCUUUUUUGACGAGGGUCGCAUCUUGAUGUGGGCGGCGUUUUGAAGGGGGUUAUAAAAGCCACAUAUUUUGGAAUGACUGGAAACCUAGAGAGGCACAAAGAACAUGCAGGAACCGUGCAUGUUAGCAACUCAGCUUUUUUAGAUGUAUCAUCUGUAUUAGAGGGAAAUGCAGCACUAUAAGCUGCAGCUGUAGCCAUGGCAUUGCAUGACCUUUUAAGCCAUAGUAGAAGUAUUUCUGAGCCUUGGUAUCAAACGUAGCUUUAUUUCUAAAUCGGAUGAUCGGCAAUACACCAUGUGCUAAUCAGGAGAGCAUUUGGAUGGAAAGAUGCCUCUCGGCUUUGCAAAGAUGCUACUGACCAUUAUGUGAGGGGAUGAAAGGUUCACGGAUUGCAUUGCCCGGUGACCAAGCUCCAUGCUGCGCGUGUGUCGACUUGGAUUUUAAGGACCUGCCUUGAGUGCAACUUUUAAAGAUGUGCUGUCGUUUCUGACCUGCUCCAGAGAAGAAAGUCUGUAAAAUGGCUCAGACCAGCUUGCUGCAGGGGAAACAGUUUUAUUGUAGAGAGUGGGUUUUUCACAAGCUUCAGCACUGCCUGCAGGAAAAGACGAGCUGCAGCAACAGCACUGCCAACAAACCAUCCGUUGUGCUGAACUCUGGGACUAAUACUUGUGUCGUCCCUGGCAAGGGAGCUGCCUGGGGUGUGUUGCUGGUAGGAGGGCCGGGUAGUGGCAAGACAGCCCUCUGUACUGAAUUACUGUGGCCGAGCUCACCUGCCAGUCUGCAAAGGGGUUUACAUCACCAAGCCCUGGCUUUCCACUUCUGCAGGGCUCAGGACUCGGACACACUCUGUGUGGGAGGCUUUAUCAGAGGGUUAGUGGCCCAAAUCUGUCGCAGUGGACUGAUUCAGGGAUUUGAGGACAAACUGAGAGAUCCUGCUGUUCAAAGUCUCUUGCAGCCUGGGGAGUGUGAGAGAAACCCAGCUGAAGCAUUUAAAAGGUGCAUUUUGCUGCCUCUUCUCGGAGCCAAGCCCCCUCAACAAAGUCUCUUCCUCCUUGUAGAUUCCGUGGAUGAGGGAUGUAACAUUGCAGAAGGCGACCAGACAUCUACGGGCUUAUCUGGAACUAUAGCUGAGCUUCUAGCUAGUCACUAUGAGUUUUUCCCUCCAUGGUUGCUGCUCCUGUGCUCUGCCCGGAAGCAGAGCAAAGCUGUUACAAAAAUGUUUACAGGCUUUCGAAAGAUAAGCCUUGAUGAUCUCCGAAAGGCUUACAUCGUGAAAGAUGUCCAACAGUAUAUUCUUCAUCGCUUAGAUCAAGAAGAAGCACUGAGACAACAUCUCACAAAAGAAACUGCAGAAAUGUUGAAUCAGCUUCACAUUAAAAGCAGUGGAUGUUUUCUGUAUCUCGAGCGUGUCCUAGAUGGAGUAGUGGAAAACUUUAUCAUGUUAAGAGAAAUCCGCGAUAUCCCUGGGACACUCAAUGGCCUCUAUCUUUGGCUUUGUCAAAGACUUUUUGUGAGAAAACAGUUUGCAAAGGUCCAACCUAUUCUGAAUGUAAUCCUUGCUGCUUGCAGGCCACUAACUACAGUUGAAUUGUUCCAUGCAGUAUGGACCAAAAACAUGGCAUUGUCUAUGGAGGACUUCCAGCGCAAGCUAGAUGUUCUGUCAAAAGUUCUUGUCGAUGGUCUCGGAAACACAAAGAUCCUUUUUCACUACAGCUUUGCAGAAUGGCUGUUGGAUGUAAAGCACUGUACACAAAAAUAUUUGUGCAACGCGGCAGAAGGGCACAGAAUGCUUGCAAUGAGUUACACCUGUCGAGCCAAGGAUUUAUCACCUCUGGAGGCUCAAGAAUUUGCUUUGCACCUAAUUGAUUCCAACUUGCAACUGGAGACCUCUGAACUGGCUUUGUGGAUGAUCUGGAAUGGUACGCCUGUCAAAGACUCUUUGUCAACGUUGAUCCCCAAAGAACAAGAAGUUUUACAGUUGCUGGUGAAAGCCGGUGCUCAUGUCAACAGUGAGGACGAUCGGACCUCUUGCAUUGUACGGCAGGCAUUGGAAAGAGAAGAUUCCAUUCGAACUCUAUUGGAUAAUGGUGCUUCGGUAAACCAGUGUGACUCGAAUGGUAGAACACUCUUGGCUAACGCUGCAUAUAGUGGCAAUCUUGAUGUAGUCAAUCUGCUAGUUUCCAGAGGAGCAGAUUUAGAGAUUGAAGACACGCAUGGGCAGACGGCACUUACUCUAGCUGCUCGGCAGGGACACACCAAAGUUGUCAACUGUUUGAUUGGGUGUGGUGCUAACAUAAAUCACACGGACCAUGAUGGGUGGACAGCCCUGCGAUCGGCAGCUUGGGGCGGGCAUACCGAGGUGGUUUCUGCACUCCUCUAUGCUGGAGUAAAAGUAGACUGUGCAGAUGCUGACAGUCGGACAGCCUUGAGAGCAGCAGCUUGGGGAGGCCAUGAAGAUAUUGUGCUGAAUCUGUUGCAACAUGGGGCUGAGGUCAACAAAGCGGAUAAUGAAGGUAGAACUGCUUUAAUUGCAGCAGCAUACAUGGGGCAUAAAGAGAUUGUGGAGCAUCUGCUGGACCACGGUGCAGAAGUAAACCAUGAGGAUGUGGAUGGAAGGACUGCCCUCUCCGUUGCUGCUCUUUGUGUACCUGCUAGUAAAGGACAUGCUUCAGUUGUGAGCCUUUUAAUUGACCGGGGCGCCGAGGUGGACCAUUGUGACAAAGAUGGCAUGACUCCACUGCUAGUGGCAGCCUAUGAGGGACAUGUAGAUGUUGUUGAUUUGCUUCUGGAAGGCGGAGCAGAUGUAGACCAUACAGACAACAAUGGCCGCACUCCUCUUCUUGCUGCAGCUUCCAUGGGCCACGCAUCAGUUGUAAAUACUCUGUUGUUUUGGGGGGCAGCUGUGGAUAGCAUUGAUAGUGAAGGACGGACAGUUCUUAGUAUAGCCUCUGCACAAGGCAAUGUUGAAGUAGUACGGACUCUGCUGGAUAGAGGGCUGGAUGAGAAUCAUAGAGACGAUGCAGGAUGGACACCUUUGCACAUGGCAGCUUUUGAAGGACACAGGUUGAUAUGUGAAGCACUUAUAGAACAAGGUGCUCGAACAAAUGAAAUUGAUAAUGACGGGCGCAUAGCCUUCAUAUUGGCUGCCCAGGAAGGUCACUAUGAUUGUGUGCAGACCUUGCUGGAAAACAAAUCUAACAUUGAUCACAGGGGCUAUGAUGGGAGAAAUGCUCUCCGUGUUGCUGCUUUAGAAGGCCAUAGAGACAUUGUCGAGCUACUCUUCAGUCACGGAGCUGAUGUGAAUUACAAAGAUGCUGACGGCCGGCCAACGCUUUAUAUCUUGGCUCUAGAAAACCAGCUAACGAUGGCUGAGUACUUUUUAGAAAAUGGUGCAAAUGUUGAAGCCAGUGAUGCUGAAGGAAGGACAGCGCUCCAUGUUUCCUGCUGGCAGGGCCAUGUGGAGAUGGUACAGGUGCUGAUAACGUACCACGCUGAUGUGAAUGCCGCAGACAAUGAGAAACGCUCAGCUUUGCAGUCUGCCGCAUGGCAGGGCCAUGUCAAAGUAGUUCAGCUUUUGAUAGAGCGUGGGGCCCUAGUGGACCAUACGUGUAAUCAGGGUGCUACUGCACUCUGCAUUGCAGCCCAAGAAGGGCACAUCGAUGUUGUACAGAUAUUACUGGAGCACGGUGCCGAUCCAAAUCAUGCGGAUCAAUUUGGGCGCACAGCUAUGCGCGUAGCUGCAAAAAAUGGACACACGCAGAUAAUUAAAUUACUGGAAAAAUAUGGUGCUUCUACUCUAAAUGGCUGCACUCCUUCUCCGGUCCAUACAAUGGAACAAAAACCUUUGCAAUCUGCAUCUUCAAAGAUGCAAUCCUUAACCAUAAAAUCCAAUAGUUCGGGGAGCACUGGUGGGGGAGAUAUGCAGCCUGCUUUGCGUGGCUUGUCUAAUGGGCCAGCUCAUGCCUUUAGUUCUCCUUCUGAAUCUCCCGAUUCGACAGUUGAUCGGCAAAAGUCCUCCUUAUCCAAUAAUUCAUUAAAAAGCUCAAAAAACUCUUCUCUACGCACAACUUCAUCUACAGCAACUGCCCAGACAGUACCGAUCGACAGCUUCCACAGUAUGUCCUUUACGGAACAAAUACAGCAGCAUUCGUUACCCCGCAGUAGAAGUAGGCAGUCUAUUGUUUCUCCUUCCUCCACAACUCAUUCCUUAAGUCAGAAUCAUAGUUCGCCAAACAGUGAAUUUGAAUGGAGCCAGGUGAAGCCCAGCUUGAAAUCCACAAAAGCCAGCAAAACGGGGAAAACAGAGAAUUCCAACAAAUCCGGGUCUGCUGGGAAAAAGGUGAAACAGAGCACGUCGUCUCAACCAAAAGUCCUUGAAUAUGAAAUGACUCAGUUUGAUAAAAGGAUACCUGUUGCCAAAUGUGGGGCUGGCGUGCCCCUUAAAUCAAUGCCUAGUGACACUCAGUGUAAAAUUUUAGUCCCUCCAGCCCAUCAGGAAGUUUGCCGAUCUCAACAGCAGUUCCUGAUCCACCAACAAAGUGGGGAGCAGAAAAAGAGAAACGGAAUAAUGACUAAUCCAAACUACCACCUUCAGAGCAAUCAGGUUUUUCUUGGCAGAGUUUCUGUCCCACGAACAGUACAGGAUCGAGGGCAUCAGGAGGUUUUGGAAGGCUAUCCUUCUGCAGAGACGGAGCUAAGCCUUAAGCAAGCCUUAAAACUUCAAAUUGAGGGGAAUGACCCAAGCUUCAACUAUAAGAAGGAAACACCACUGUAAGAGGCAGCUCCAUGACACCAUGAAUAAAAUGAAGAGUUUCUGCCUGGAAUGUUUUGUCACCCGGGCUGGAAUCAAAGCAUGUUGUGCUUGUUGAACCACAUUGAAAAUUACGAUUGUGAUCACUGCAGUACAGUUACCUUGAUUACUGUAAUGUGCCUAAAGAGAAAAAAAAAUAAGGCUGCCUUCUUAAAUGUAACCUUCUGUGCUUCAGAAAAAAAUUAUUUUGUGUAUUUUGUACUUACUACACAGAAUAAGCACUUUCUUUUCUUCCUCAGUAGCAGAACAAGAUACGUUGUAUUUCCACUCACACAGCUGAAAAGUUGUUAAGAGCUAGAAAUUUGAGUUCUCUGUUCCAGAAGGCUUGAUCAGUGUAAAUGUGCCACGGUGGAUUUUGUGACAAACAGCAAUGCUUUCUGUAUUUAUUUUACAUUCAUGUGCAAAAGAAACUCUGCACACAGUC